AUGGAGACCGCUUCAUACUUACGCUCAACUGCAUCUGCUCCUGAAGUUAAUACUUCUCAUGCUGAUGCGGCCAAACUUCAAAUACUUAAGUCAAUUAAGACCAAGUUUUAUAUCCAUAAAUCUUUCGAUGUUCAGUCAGAUUUGGAGUUUAUGCCACAUAUCCCAUCAGAGAUGACUAAUGAUAGAACAUAUAAGAAACCAAACAACUCAUUUACUUUUAAUCAGCUUGCAUCACCUAUUCAUUCUCAUAAUAUUAUGUAUGAUGGAAGACAUACAGGUGAGUACUAUCCUAAUUCUGUGGCUAAUGGCAUGUCUGCCCAACAUUACAAUAUCAAUGAUACUCCUAAAUCGAGAAUGGCAUACUUGAACCAGUCGUCCCCAAAGCGUACAUCUCCGUCAACUCAGUCCAACAAUGGCACCAAAAGUUUGCGCAGAAAAGUUACAAGCAAUCCUAAAAGCUUUAUUCCCUCGAAUGGAAUGCACUCAGCAAGCCCUAAGCAAUACCCUGAACAUAAUGAGUACUAUUAUGGUAAUUAG